UUGCUUUCUUAGCGGUUCAAAGAUGAGCAAGCUCUUCUCUCAAUGAGCCAUUUAAAACUGAGCCUGUUUUUUUUACAGUCGAAAACAAAUUCCUCUUGGGAAACUAUUUAAAACCCAAUUCUUCCCCCUUCUAAUCUUAUCACUCCAAAAAUUCUACUUGGGUUCCUCUCCCUCCUCUCUCUUUCAUCUCCCUCUGUUCAUUCUCAAAUUGGCCCAACUACUCCAAAAGUGCUUGUGGAAAAAGCUAGCAGCUAUGGACGUCAAACGCCGCAGAAAACAAGCCAAGACUUGCAGCAGUUCCUUCUCGGAAGAGGUAAGCAGCAUUGAGUGGGAGUUCAUAAACAUGUCGGAACAAGAAGAAGAUCUCAUUUGUAGAAUGUACAAGCUCGUCGGAGACAGGUGGGGACUUAUAGCCGGGAGGCUUCCGGGCCGGAAAGCAGAAGAAAUAGAGAGGUUCUGGUUAAUGAGACACGGAGAAGUAUUUGCAAGUAGAAGAAGAACAGAGCAGGAGAAGUACCAGCAACCCCAGCAGCUUAAUAAUAGCAAUAACAUGAAUAAGUCUACUAAGAAUAGUAGGAGAUACAAUUCUUGAUCCUGAUCAAUCAUCAUCAUUGGUUUUCCUUGUCAGUAGUAGUAAACAGUAGGACUUAGAACUAGCUAAAAGAAAUUUAAUUUCUAAUUCAUGUCUCUUUUUUUCCUUUUUGACCACCUACCUAUGUGUGUUCACAAGGUAAGGUAGCUGUGACUUACCUCUUUGGUUAAUCUAUUUAGACUUAUUACCCCUCUUAUCUC